UAGUUGCCAAGGUGACGUCAGGCUGGGGCUGGGCUGGAAAAACAUGUAACGGUGUAAAGAGACGCAGCACCCACCCACGGCAUCCUUUACUGAGACUCAAUUCAUCAACAGAGACCAAGCUAAAGACACAGAAGUGGGAGACUGAGAAGCUCCCAGCCACAGGACGGGAUUUGACAGCUCUAGGUGUGCUUGUUGUGGUCUGGCAGCACCAGCUGGGCGGUGUUGAGUUCCCUUCCAUCACAUUGGGACUUUUUGGGGUGGUGGGGAAGGCCUAGUCCCCCCUCGCGGCCAGGCCGACCCUACCCAUGGACAGACAAGGAGCCAUGAGUACACCAGGCAAGGCCAGCGGGCUCAAACCCCCCAGCAAAAUAGUCCGACCGUCUGUGGUGCCAUCAAAGAUGUCGCCGACCUCUGGUUCUCCAAAGCCAAUUCCUCAUGAAAAGUCCCCCGGCAGUGUGACCUCGCCUACUCAAGAUGGAAGUACGGACUUCCAGGUUGGAGAGAAGGUCUGGGUCAACGGCAACAAGCGCGGCUACGUGCAGUUUAUUGGGGGCACGCAGUUUGCUCCCGGGCAGUGGGCUGGGAUUGUGCUGGAUGAGCAUAUCGGGAAGAACGAUGGGUCUGUGGCAGGGGUCCGAUACUUCCAAUGUGAGGAUGGGAAGGGGAUAUUCACGCGGCCUUCAAAGCUGUCCAAGACUCCACUGCCAGAGAAGGAGGCAAAUGGGGGGCAGGCCAGUCCAGCCCCAGCAGCCUCAGCAACAAGCGAGUCUGCACCUGCUGGCACUAACUCGACUGCUCAGGGCACCGGCAUAAAGACAAGUGCUGCACUAAACCGUAUGCUCACAUCCAGCGAGUCGGUGUCUAAUGUCUCAGACACCGAAUCCAUGAAGAAGAGGAGGGAACUGAGGCUGGGAGACCGUGUGCUGGUUGGUGGUAACAAGGCAGGAGUAGUGCGGUUUCUGGGAGAGGCAGACUUUGCAAAAGGAGAGUGGUGUGGAGUGGAACUAGAUGAACCUCUUGGCAAGAAUGAUGGAGCUGUAGCAGGGACCAGAUACUUUCAGUGCAUGCCCAGGUAUGGUCUGUUUGCUCCGGUCCACAAGGUGACACGGAUCGGCUUCCCGUGCACCACACCGACCAAAGCGAAGAGCUCACGGAGGAGGUCCACCCUCAAGAAGAGCCCGAGUGCUUCCUCCAUCAGCUCGCUCAGCUCCGCCACCUCCUCCAUCAGCGGCAAACCCAGCCGAGCGGGCCUGCUGACAGAGACAUCUGCUCGGUACGCUCGUAAGAUCUCUGGCACCACAGCGCUGCAGGAGGCUCUGAAGGAGAAGCAGCAGCACAUCGAACAGCUGCUAGCGGAGCGAGACCUGGAGAGAUGUGAGGUGGCGAAGGUUACGAGCCAUGCAGGAGAGAUGCAGCAGGAGAUGGUUGUGCUGAGGAAAGGACGGGAUCAGUAUGCAGUGGAGAUGGAGGCAAAGCUGGAUCAGCUGCGUUCGCUGGUGGAGGCAGCAGAUCGAGACAAAGUGGAGCUGCUCAACCAGCUGGAGGAGGAGAAGAGAAAAGUGGAAGAUCUCCAGUUUAGUGUGGAAGAGGCCUGCAUCACCAGAGGAGACCUGGAGAUGCAGUCCAGACUGGAGCAUGCCCACAUAAAGGAGCUUGAACAGAGCCUUCUCUUUGAAAAGACCAAAGCUGAAAAACUCCAGAGGGAUUUAGAGGACACUAGGGUGGCCACAGUGUCUGAGCGCUCCAGGAUCAUGGAGCUGGAGAGGGAGGUGGCCGACCUGCAGCUCAGGCUCCGGGCGUCCCAGCAGAAGGAGGACGCUGCGUCUCUGUCCCAGCAACAGAUCAGCAGCCUCAAGGCCCAGGCACUGUCUCAGGAGAAAAAGAUCAGUGAGCUGAGUGUUGACGUAGAGAGCAAACAGAAAGCGCUUCAGUCUGUGCAGCAAGAUAAGAGCUCUCUGGAAGAGCAGCUGACCAGCCUGAGACAAAAGCUUGAGACAGCUGAGGAGGAGAACAGGAGGACAGCAAAGACCAUGCAAGAAUUGGAGCAGAGUGUGGAGCAGUCAAAGAAAGAAAUCCAAACCCUGAAAGAGGAAAGUCAAUGCAGAGAGAAAGAGCUGACACAGGCUACUGAAAAGUCAAAGACGACGGCCCUGUCUUUUGAAAAGCUGACCAAUGACAAUAAGACACUGGAGACACAGCUUGAGGCUUUGAAACAGCAGAACUCCAAAUACCAGGAGGAGCUCAGUCUGUCGAAAGAGCGGAGCAGCUCAGAAAACCAGCGAAUCGGAGUCCUCUGCAAGGAAAUUGAGGAGCUGAAGCUGGCCUCCCAGAAGUCUCAGCAUCUUGACGAGCACAAAGACGGUCGUAACAUGCCAGACAUGAAGACCAGAGAAAAUUCUAAUCAGGAAACGGAGGGGGAAAUAAACUUCCAGAAAUCCACUGGAGCCUUAAUGUCAGACAAAGACCAGGAACUGGAAACUCUGAGGAAUGAGAUCGCCGUUCUACGAGGAGAAAACGCCACGGCCAAGACGCUGCAGUCGGCCGUGGAGACGCUGGAGAGAGACAAAGCGCAGCUGCAGGGCCGCGUUCGCAGUCUAGAGCAAAGGCUCAUGGGAACCCCGGGUUCAGAGGGAGAAGACCGGGAAGCUCUGUCUUCAGGCGAUGCAGCUCUGGAGCAGCUGAGGGAGGAGAAGGAGUUCGCUGAGGGACAGAUCAACUUCCUGAACAGCGUGAUCGUUGACCUGCAGCGGAAGAACGAGGAGCUGAAGAUCAAACUGAAGAAGCUCGCUCUGGCGGAGUUCAACGGCAACGACGGGACGGAUGGGUUUGUCGAAGGUGUAUCGAAGCGGGAGAAGAAGGCGACUCCACGUCUCUUCUGCGACAUCUGCGACAGCUUUGACCUCCACGACACCGAGGACUGUCCCACUCAGGCCCAGAGCCCCGACUCCGUACCCCACACCGCGUACCACGGCAACCCGGGCGACGAGAGGCCCUACUGCGACAUCUGCGAGGCCUUCGGACACGCCACCGAGUCCUGCAACGACGACCAGACCUUCUAGUAGCUCCAAAAAACUCUUCACCUGCAUUUCGAUUCCUUCCCUUUCCUCCUAGACCCAGCUCCCCUUCUCCUCUCCCACAUCCGGCCCGACUGAACUCCCUUCAGGUUUUUCCAUAUUGUAUUUUUAUACUGUAUUUAUGCAUAUCACUGGUAGCCACUGUCCUGAUCUAAAUCCUUUACUCUGCAGCUCUUCUCUCUAAAGAUAAACUGUAAUACUGAGUGCUCGUCCAAAUAUGCUGCUUUGGUGCAAUAUCGAUGUUUAUAACAAAAAGGAAGUCCGUCCUCUGCACUCGUCGUUUGUAUCGUGUUUCGCAUCCGUUUGUUUCUAAAAUAAGAGAAAAAGUGUUGUUUUUUUCGGCUUUAUUUGUUGUUGUUGUUGUUUUUUUUAGCAAAAAAAAUGAUGCAACUUAAAUAAGCACAGUUCAAACUGAAGGGAAACGAAGCACCUCUCGACACAUUCCUCACGUCUGGAUGGCCGCACACCAAUCAGAGAGGGACACUGCCAUGGCAACCCUUUAUAAAUGUUUUCAUGUUUAGUCAUAUUUAGGAAGAAGACUUUAUUCCAGUAUACUACUAUUAUUAUUAUUAUUAUUAUUAUCAACAUAUGAAGGAGAAGUAGGGCCACUUUCGGGAAACAUCUGGUCGUAGAUUUGAAGAAACAAUGGUGACUGCAGCGACUGUUUGUUCAAAAACAAUUGCGGAUGUUGAUAGACAAAUGGUUCGUCCAAUCACAUGCCAGGUGUUUUUUUUUAAGUGCCUGCCCCUUCCAAAGCAGUUUCCAAUGAUGGCUCCUCCAAUGUUUUCUGUGUUAACACAGCUGCAAAAACUGAUGGUGAGCAGAAAGUCAGGGCUUAAGUCCUGUGGCGGGCACUUGGCAUUAAUGUUAUGCAUCAAGUGGCUUAACAACAUUUCUGUGAUUGACAAAAUCAUUUUCUACACAAGGUCCAUUUAAUAGUGCGGGAGCUUUUGUCAUAAUCUCAAUAUCUUCAUCAGCAGCAGUUCCCAGGACUCUUACAUGUUCAAGUUAAAACAUUUCUGUGCACUUUAAGGACUUCUUGUCUACGUUGGCAUUACAUUUGAGAUUUUAAAGUUCAUCGGCAUUGGCACGACAUUGCGGCGACUCGAUCAAAAGCUCCAGAGCAGCUACUGAAUGGACCCCGGGAUGAGGUUUAUUUUGUUUUGUCUCAACAUUUGUGUGUAAUUUCUGUUCCAUUGAUCAUUCUACAGGUUAACAUUCUCGAAUAAUGCCACUGAAAGUUGCAGAGGAUCGUUAUGGUUGAAGAUAAAAUGUUGCAUUUUGUUUAUUUAUUGUCUGUCUUCACUAACCAGUGAUUUUCCUACAGGAACAUAAGCUAGCACUGAUGUAAGGUGUGUAGUCUGUACUAGGACUACUGUAGUACAGGUGGGCUUUGAGAUGCAUCCGCCUCAUAUUACAGGAGGAAAACUUCACCAGAUGGAGCUGUAGAAGCCUCUACUAACUUAGUGUUGCACUGUCCACUUUACAGAUUCAGCAGACACAAACAUCGCUUUAACUUGAAGACGCUAAACAAAAAGGAUUUCAUCAUGAAGGUCCGUACAGAUGAUUCUGUGUGCUGCCCCAUUUCAUACUGCCCUCUUCAAAGCACAUGGCUGACAUUUUGGGAAAUAUGUUUAUUCACUUUCUGGCAGCGAGUUAGAUGAGAAGGUUGAUGCCACUCAUGUCUGUUUGUUAAAUAUGAAGCUAGCGGGCGCCCGGAUCGCUCA